AUGGCCAUGGAGCUCGCGAUGUUCGCGUGGAUAGCGCCCAUCAUGCUGGGCCUAUCUCUUCUCUACGAGUUCGCGGUCUAUCCUGCGUUUCUGUCGCCAUUGUCUAAGCUCCCUAAUGCCCACUGGACGGCCCCAAUAUCACCUGCCUGGAUUCUUUGGAAGCGGUUUCGAGGCCAAAAUAACCGCACCGUCCACGCAGCUCAUGAGCGGCUAGGGCCAAUCGUUAGGCUUGCGCCCUCGGAGAUCUCCAUAAACUGCGUCGACGGGGGCAUAAAGUCGGUAUACACGGGUGGUUUUGACAAGCAUGAGUGGUAUCCGCGAGUCUUCGGUUCGUUUGGGACCGUGAGCAUGUUCACCAUGACAGGUAGCAAAGCUCAUUCCACUCGAAAACGCAUGCUAUCCAACAUCUAUAGCAAGUCCUUCUUGCAAUCGUCUCCCCAUCUGCGGCUUAUUUCCAAAACCAUCAUGCUUGACCGGCUUCUACCUAUUCUCCAAGCAGCCGCCAAUUCGAGAACGGAUACGGAUGUCCAUGAUCUUAACCAAGGAUUGACCAUGGACUUUGUUUCUGCAUAUCUGUUUGGAUUGGCCAAUGGCACUAACUUCCUUCAAAACCCAGAGUACAGACGCGAGAUGCUGCGCCUAUAUCAAUGCAGAAAGCCAUAUGAAUUUUAUCAUCAAGAAGUCCCAAACCUUGUUACUCGGCUGAGAGCUAUAGGCAUCCGCUUGAUCCCUAAAUGGUGCGAUGAUGCAAAUCAGAUACUUGACUCUUGGGGCCUGGAGCUCUGCGAUAAAGCGGAAGCGUCUCUUACUUCGACUGAUCUUAGCCUCGAGCCUGUUGUAUACAAGCACCUGAAACAAGCCAUUUCCAAACAGGCUCCUCUCAAAAUAGACGAUCCGAGGUUAUAUGCAGAUUAUGUCGAACAACAGAGGCUCGACAUUGCGUGUGAGAUGUACGACCACCUCACAGCGGGCCACGAGACCAGCGCCGUCGUUCUGACCUACCUUCUGUGGGAACUUUCUCGACAUCCAGAAGUGCAGAAAGAACUGCACAGAGAACUUCUUACUCUGCAGCCAAGGAUCACUCCUCGCUGCCGCUCUGAUCAUACCGAAUUGCCAUCGCCCAAGUCUAUUGACUCCCUGCCACUUCUUGAGGCAAUACUCACCGAGACGUUGCGACUUCAUGCUUCGAUCCCCGGUAUCCAACCUCGAGUCACGCCUUCGCCGGCAUGCACCCUUGUUGGGUACGACGAUAUACCGGCGAACACAAGAGUUAAUGCACAAGCAUAUUCCCUCCAUCGCAAUUCUGAGGUAUUUCCAGAUCCCGAAACAUGGGAGCCAAAGCGGUGGUUCAAGGACUGCAAUAAGCCUUCCGAUUUGGAGGAAAGAAAGCGAUGGUUCUGGGCAUUUGGUAGUGGCGGCCGGAUGUGCGUGGGCAGUAAUCUGGCUCUGCAAGAGAUGAAACUGGCUAUCGCCGCAAUCUAUACCAACUUCAAAACCUCCAUCGUCAAUGACGAUGAUAUUGAAGCAAUUGAUGCUUACACGGUCAAGCCGAAGGGUGAAAAGCUCAUUCUCAGAUUCGAACAAGCGUAG